AUGGACAGCGAGGAGAUAGCAUUAGUUGUACAUAUGCAUUUGGCUAGCAAGAAAAAGAAAAAAAGGCGAUAUUGGGUACAUCCAAUGAUAAUGGAGAGAAGGGUAACAAGUUUAUUUCAUACAUUGUACCCACGCAUCAAAGAAGAUGAAGGCAAAUUUUUUAAUUUUGCACGUAUGUCUCUGACAACAUUCGAAGAAUUGCUUCAUAUCUUAACAGACAAUUUGACCCGCCAGGACACGAACAUGAGAGCAUCCAUAAAACCAGAAUAUAAAAUAAUCUGCACUCUUAGAUAUUUGGCAACGGGUUGCAGCAUGACUGAUUUGCACUACUCCUAUGCUUUGGGAAGAUCUACCAUUGGAGUAAUUGUAAAAGAAGUGUGUCAAGAAAUAUGGUCUUGCAUGAAAGACAUGUGUAUACCACAACCCACUGAAGAGAAUUGGCUUAAUAUUGCAGCAGGUUUUGACAGGAAGGCCAACUUUCCUCAUUGUUUGGGAGCCAUCGAUGGCAAACACAUUAGAGUAAUACAACCGAAACAGAGUGGCUCACUUUACUACAACUAUAAAAAAUUCUUUUCCAUUGUUCUUCUCGCGGUUUGUGAUGCUGAUUACAUGUUUACCUACGUACACAUAGGAUUGUAUGGACGAACAAACGAUUCCUCUAUUUUCAAGCAGACGCAAUUGUACAAAAGAAUGGUGGAUGGAACCUUGAGGAUUCCUGUACCAGCCCAAAUUUCAAGAACAGUCAAUGAGAUUGUACCAUUCCUAUUUAUUGGCGAUGAAGCAUUUGGACUGUCUGAAAACAUGCUAAGACCAUAUGGUGGAAGGAACCUUUCUCAAAAGAAGAAAAUCUUCAACUACAGAUUGUCCAGGAGUCGUCGGUACAUAGAGUGCAGUUUCGGUAUUCUUGCUAAUAAAUGGCGUAUUCUACACCGCCCAAUAGAUGUCGACAUUGAAUUGGCAGAAGAUAUUGUGAAAGCAUGUUGUAUAUUACAUAAUUUUGUAAGAAAGAGAGACAGCUACAAGUUUGAAGAUGCAAUUACAACCCCAGACCUUCCCAUUCUUGAGCGAGACAACACGAGUAGGGGUAAUCAUAGAGCAUUGGCUGUUAGAGACAUUUUCGCAGAUUAUUUCAUUAAUGAAGAGGGAGAACUGAAAUGGCAGUAUGAUAUGAUAUAAGAUUGAAUGUAAAACCAAAUACAUUUCCUGUUGUUUCACUCAGGUGUUCAAUGCACUUACACUGUUCGGAACAAUAUGAGUAAAUAGCUACAUUUCGGUCUUAAAACAGAAGAAUUCGAGUUUUAAAUCUACAUAUUUUUUAUAACUUCAAUUUAAUAGUGACAUAUUAUUAGUAAAAAAAUAAAUAUUAAUUCAACACAAGCUACUUUUUUUAAGUGGGUUAGUAAAGUAACUCAAACAGCACGUACGACAUGCAUAGGCCCUACAUUUACAAUUCUACAGUAUAUAUACAUAAAUGUUACAACAACACAAUGUUUGAAAUGUAGUCUGAACACACAGCAUUGAUAAAGAAACAUCUGAACAAUAUUGUCCAGUUUAGACAAGUAAUGUAAAACAUGUAAUUUAAUCCAUUGUUGUGUAUUAUGUGGUGUUGUUUAUGUGAAAUUAUAUUAUGUUUAACAGUUGCGUUGUGUUAAAUCAUGUUAUGUAAUAUGUUAUUUUAUAGUUAUAUAAAAUUAGUAUUACUUACCAAAUUCGUUUUUCUCUUCAUUCGACGCCGCUUCAUUGUUACUCAUAAACAUGUUAAUUAACUCUUCCCAUGCUUUCUUCUUUUUGUCCCUAUUCGAAUAUUCCGAUGUACUAGCAUCCCAAAUAGCUGGGCGGAGUUGUACUUCGUGAAUAAAUGCCUCAACGUCGAGGUCCAUAGUGAAGUGGUCGCUUCUCAGUGGUGUCGUGUGACAGGCUGCACUACAACAACUGACUGACUGGGUGGCCGCCACUUACAGGUGGCGUCCGGGUAGCGGAUGGUCGACAGUCGCGAGCCACUUGAUAGGUGGUACGACCCCGUCUGGCAGGUCCGUUCAAAUAUUGUUGUCGACUGGGUGGCGCCACCCAGGUCGCUCGUCUGACAGAGGCCUAAGGCAUGCCACACAUGCCUGGCCGGAUUACAAGGGUCCGAGCUCCCCGCCUCCUUUCCCCCUGGUCAACCCUCGCAUUGUCCCGCCUCGGGCUUAAGUCACCUUUAGCUGUCUGGGAAUUCCGGGCUUACAGAGGCCACCAUGCACAGACCUUCCAACUUCCCAAACUGAAAAAUUAAGAGGUUCGUCACCUCCUCUCCAACAUACACACCAAAAUUUGUAGUUGUCCAACUUUGAAAUUUGCGACGUUUUACACACCACCAUAAAAAGGCUAUCGAGUGUGAUUCAUACAAUGAUUAGAAGACCAACCAGCAAUUUAUAUCAAAAGACUAAUAAAUUAACCUCUUUAUAUCUAAAAAACAUUAAUAAAAUACAGAAUUACAAUCCAAGAAAAUAUAGUUAAAUUAUAGUGAACCUUUGUCAUACUACCUUAAUGCUGUUGAUUCCUUGAUGUUGUAGCUGAUUUUGCAGUCUUGAGAAAUGAAGUAUAAAACUUUUGUUCAAAACAUUUUCCCUUUUGGGUGGAUUUUGCUGUCAGACAUUCCAGGGUUUCUUCGCUGAGUGCUGACCUGAACUGUGUGUGUGUGUUUUAGUAACCUGGCUAAAUACUCUCUCACAAGAUGCGUUACAGUGUGGGAUUGUCAAAAUAGCAAGCAUUACUCUGGAUAAUUUGUUAUAUUUUAAUGUCCCAUCUGCAGCUUUCAUCUGACCCCUAUUCUUUCUUCAUUCUUGAUGUCGUGUGGUAAUUCUGGCUCAAGUUGAAAAUUACAAAAUUGGGCCUGUAAUGCAUCUAAUUAUUCAUCCAAAUCUUGUUCAGUAGAAUCAAGAAUUGUAGGAAAUUUUUCCACAAAAUAUUGCAAGCUUGAAAAUGACGCACUGCAAAUUGAUUCAAUAUUUGCAACUUCAGCAUUAAUCAUAUCAUCACUUUUAAAUGAAAAUUUAUGUACCAUAUAAUCCAAACUUGCUGAAUAAUAUUUUCUUACAGAAUCAAAGAAAAUCAACUUCUCUUCUUGUUUUAGUGUUGCCACAACUUUGGUCAUCGCACUGCCCACUAUUAUAUCAGAGUCAUUUUUCGAUUGUCUUUGCUAUGGUAGUCAACAUUUAAAAUUGACGAUCCACAUUUGACUGCUGCUGGCUUAACAAAUUUAGACAUUAUGUUCUGUAGCAGACUAAGCAAACAUGAUCUUAGCACAUGAAUCUGAUGCACACUGGACUGGAGAAGCAAAUUUGGUGUUUCAAAUGCUGAUAUAGUAUUUGAAAGAAAUAAGCAAAACGCCUUAUUCAGUUCUGAAGAAAUAAACAUAAAUAACCUUUCUUCCCGUGACAGACUGCAACUUACUGGAGUGUCAUUUUGUUUCGGUUUUUUGUGUUUGCUAUUACACAUUUUUGUCUCUAAGCUUCGUUUUGAACUGGAUGAAACUGCAGACUUACUUAUUCCAGAACCUUUGUCUGAGUCUUGAACAGAGUUUGAAACUUCGCUAGUAACUUGAUUAUGAACCAGUUUGGGAAUUUUGUAAGUUUGUAAAUCACCAACGUGGGAAUCCUUCUGACCACAAACUUAGGUUCUAAAAAAACUUGCAAGAGGUUGCCACUACUGCAACAAUCUACUUAAACACCUACCAAGAGACAGCCAACGUGUACUCACAUGUUUCAAAAUCUUUCUAACUUCUGUGUUAUGUAAUUCCUGGAAAUGCUUCAAAUGCUCUUUCCUUUUCACACUUUUAUCUAAAUAAUAAUAAAUGUCGAUCAAAUAUUCAUCUAUUUUGAUAGGAAGGCAUGCUGCUCCCUUUUCAGCAGCUAAAUUUAUUAAAUGGCAUGGACAACCCAUUACAAUGAGAUUUGGUAUCUCAGUUUUUAAGAGAGCUACAACGCCAUUCUUCAUUCCCAACAUUAGAGGUGCAUUGUCUGCACUUAAGGCCAAACAAUUCGACAACGGGAUAUCACAUGAUUUGAGGGUGGUGAGUACAAGAUUGCCAAUGUUUUUACCAGUUGCAUCACCUUCUAAUGAAGGGACAGACAGUACAAAGUUUUCAAUUUGUUGAGAGUCUUUGCUGUAAAAAGUGACGACAAUAGGGUACAAUUUAGCAUCACUUUUGUUGCUACUGUCCGUAGGGACAGAAAACGAUGUAUUUUUAAGAAUUUCGACAGUUAUCUUUUUUCCGUUAAUGCCUAAUUCACGCACAAUUGCUGAUGUUUUCGUUCGGGCGCACCCGUAUUUUUUGGCUAUCUGGCUGUCCGGAAACAUAAUCCUAAACAACGGCUCGGCAUGAUCAGCACAGCUAAAUGGGAGGUUAUGUUCGAUGAUAAACGAAGUAAACAAACACUCCGCACGUGUAACACUUUCAUAAUCAUUUUCUUGAACAAAAAAAUUCAACUUGCGAUUACUUUCAACGCACAAUGCACUUUCUUUGUGUUUUUUUGUUUCCACAUGUUUGAUAACAUCGCGUCUACCGCCAUGUGCCUCAGAAAAAUCACACCUACACAAGCAGCAGAAAGCAUAUGUAGCUAGAACCUUUCCGAGAUUCUUUGUUACACGGAUACUCUUCUGAAAAUGCAUGUCGGUAAAUAGUUUCAUAUUUUCUAGACAUUUAAAAAUUUUGAACAACUCAUUUCACAUAGAAAUCGACUGAAGCGUUCGCGAAUAAUACUGGGACACAAUAUAAUAAUGGCUGACAAAACUAUUUUGAUUCGUUCACGUGACGCGAUAAUCGUACCAUAUCGAGUCCACAGAACUAACUACCAGCGAUAAUCGAUAAUACAUGGUGUUCGCCGAAGCCGAACGUACUUUACGAUAAUGGCGAUUAUUUUUACCGUUUGAUGCAUGAUUUGACGCAAAAAAAAUAUCGAAAUACAUCGCGGAUAAGUCAAAAGUCCGGAGAUUUAUAUGAAAGCUCCGGAGGGCGGGAGAUAACAUACAAAAUCCGGAGACUCCGGCCAAAAUCGGGAGAGUUAGAAGGUCUGCGUGGAGUGUUGCGAAUAAACACCACCUUUCUCGAUGUUUCGGGCGUCGGGACAGCUCGGAAUGAUGCGACUCAACACAACCGCUCUGGACGGUUCUAGGAGGGCGCCCCAGGUACUUAAGCAAUGACAGUUCCACGGGUUCCGAGCGAGUUAUAAGAGUUUGUUGAGUUCCGCGAGAGAAGUGCGACAUCGGCGAAGAGGGAGAGAGACCGACCCCAUCAAAAUUGGCGCGACGCGAAGCGACGGGAUCGAGAGAAUGUGACUAAUUGGCGCGAGACUGUGUGUGGUAAGGAGCUAACCACUGUUGAACCUAGCUCCAGUGAGGAGUGUGAACUGUGGAACUUGACAGACAUUGAGUGACUUGCGAAUAAACAUUUUUAAGUGCCAGUGAUUGGUGAUUAGACAAAUUUAAGUACAAUUAUUUAUUAUUAAUGUAAAUAUAAGUUAUUAAUAAAACUGUAAUAAAACUUAAUUUGGCUAUCCCUUGCGAACCCAAUUCUCCCCAAAUUAUGGGUAUUAACUCUAGGAUUUCGAGGAAAACAUGCAAUAAGCAAAUAUAAAAAAUA